AUUUGUUAUUCCUUUGCUUGAAAGGUGGGAAAAUCUCGAUAGUUUUAGGAUUCCGCUGGAAAGCAAUUCAAAGUUUACUUUACCUUUGGCUAAGAAAAGUAGUUAAAAAAUAUUAUAAAGUCUUUUUUUCGUAAUGACUUCCCUCCCUACUGUGUAUAAAAUUCCUAAUUCUGGUGAAAGGGAGAGCAGUACUAGUAAAUCUCCGUCAAUCUCUAGACUUACAUCUAUAAAACUUGAUCAACUCGGACUCAAUGAUUUAAACUCUCAACUUCUUGCUUCCGAAAAAUUUAGAAGCCGUCUUCCUAUUACCGAUCAAUUAAAAAACAGUCAUCUUUCUUCAAAACCACAGACUGCUUCCCUUGAGCUAAAUCAAAAACUUGUUAGUCAAUACCAACAAGGCCGAAUAGAGGGUCGUCAAUUCGGUUCCCACGAAGAAAGGAAGUUUACAGAAUAUUCCAAAGUCGAUAAAUACGGAUUUAUAAGCGAAACCGAACUCUCUAGCUUGAAUUCGCCGGAAGAUGAGAAAUGGGAAAAAAAACUAAAAAAAAGAGAAAUUAAAUGGAAAAAAAUGGUUGAAAGUUGGCCGAGAUAUAUAAAAGAUGGGCAUCACCGAAAAAUUAUAGUCGAAAGAAUAUAUAAAGGGCUCCCGGAUUCUUUUCGUGCUUAUGUUUGGAGUCUUUUUUUAAAUUUAGACAACUUUGUGGUUCCCAAUGAAUAUGAGAAGCUGAAACACAAACUUUUAAACGAUCCUUUAAUUAAUGUUGAUCUUCAUCAAGUUGAUUUAGAUAUUAACAGGACUUACAGGAACCAUGUGAUGUUUUGGGAGCGUUACGGACUAAAGCAGCAGAUGUUAUUUUUUGUGUUGGGCUGUUAUAUGCUCUAUAAUCCGUCCGUCGGCUACAUUCAAUCAAUGGCUGGCGUGGCCGCCAUGCUUUUAAUGUACUUCGACGAGGAGCGUGCGUUUUGGAGCUUGCAUCGGCUUAUUAGUGAUACUAAAUACGACCUUGCUUCUUGUUAUGCAGAAGGAUUUCCGAAACUUUUACAAGAAUGGCGCUUGCAUUCCAGUUUGAUCCAACUUUUUUUGCCGAGUUUAUAUAAAAAAAUGAAAAAUGAAAAUUUAAAUCCUUCCGAUUACUCGUCUCGUUGGUUUUUGAAUUGCUUCCAGGAAAAGUUGCCUUUCUGUAUUGUCGUGAGUUUGUGGGAUCUUUUUUUAUUCAACGGCUACAUUGCAAUUACUAUAAGCGCGUUGGCCGUCGUGGCUUAUUUAAAAGAACAUCUUCUUACUUUGGAUUACAACCAAGCGCUUCUUUUAUUAUCGCAUAAACUGGUAGAUUACAAUUUUGAUAGGAAAAAGUUUUUUAAAAUAGUUGAUCGGUACGCUCAACUCGUUUCCCCGCGACAAUUGGAUCGCCUCGCUAGAAAUUCUACUUCAGCGGAACAUACAUAGAAGCGAUUAAUUUUUUUCUUGCUCUGAUUAUUUUAUAAUUCACUUUGAAAGUGAAGAUUUUGCAGUAGUA